GUGGAUGUCUGUCUGAAAGCACCAGGAAACAUAGAAUAGAAUAAAGCUGGCAGUAACAAGACACAGGUGAGGAUCAUCAGUCGACUCGAAUCUCUCGACAAGACCUGAUGAUGAUCCUGUGCUCUGUCUUCUUUCUCCUGGUGCUCAUCUUUAACACUGCUCAUGCACUUUCCUACCUGGCACUGUGGCAGUUCCGAAACAUGAUAAUCUGUAACAUGCCUACAAGCUGGCCAAUCCUGAGCUAUGAAGACUACGGCUGCUACUGUGGCUUGGGAGGCUCUGGUACCCCUGUUGAUGACUUGGACAGAUGCUGCCAGGUUCAUGACCUCUGCUACGGUGAAGCUUUGAAGCUUAAAUCAUGCCGGUGGCUUAUUGACAACCCUUACACAGAAAGCUACGCCUACGACUGUGACAAAAAGGCUAAGAAAGUCACCUGCAAGACAAAAAAUGGGGUUUGUGAGAUGUUCAUAUGCGAGUGUGACCGGAAGGCUGCCGAGUGCUUUGCUAGAUCACAAUACAAUAAGCAAUAUAAGAGACUGCCUGAGGUUCGCUGCAAACAAAGAUAACCGAGAUCUGUUCUGUCAUCACAUAUUGAGAAGUUUUGCAGUGAACCUUCCAAGAUGAAAUGACUGGCACAUGCUUCAUGUAGUUCCAUCCUAUAUGUAUUACAUCUAAUAAAACUGUUUCUAAAACUG